UUCUUUAGGAGCGGCCUUCUUUGCAGCAUCUAUUGCUGCUUUCUCCGCUUCGAUGUUCUUUUGUCAUCCUGUCCAUCAAUUAAAGAUAAAAUUAAAACAGCUGAAUUCAUGUGUUCAAGAGAUUUUCUCUCCUAAAUUCUUUAAACAAAAUCAUUGAGGAUUAGAAAACAGAAAAGAACAGACGUUUUAGUUCCAGAAAUUGCAGAGUGAUAUCAAUAAAUUGCAAAUCAAUUAGCAUUGGAUUGGUUGCUGCUUGGCGGUGGACUUCUUCUCGACACCAAGGACGACGAUGUCGGUGCCGUGGACUCCAGCGGCAGCAUUUCCUUUGCGGACAGCUUCGAGAGCGUACUCCACUUGGAACAGAUGACCGUCCGGCGAGAACACAGUAAUCGCUCGAUCAUAUCUCGCCACUUUCUCAGUUCAUGCAAUUCAAUUUCUCGCGUUUUUUCUCCCUUCUGAUUGUCAUAACUGGGCUAGGCCGGGCCGAGCCGGGCUAAAUGGUCAAGAGUCUCAGGGCCAGCCCAAGAUCGCACUCGUUUUCAGACGAACCAGAGCAGAGUUGUGAUGUCGGCUUUUGGGGUGGCUGCGAAAUUAAUAAAACUAAAUUCAAUGAUUGGAAUUUCGACGAUUUUCAGCAAGAUCAAGAGAACCCCAUUUGCUUUGCAUCAAGUUAAGAGCUUUUACCUUUUACAAAAACCCUCACUUUCCUGUAUUGAUUCGUAUGGUAGCUCUAAACUAUUGAGUGAUUACUUCAAAUCGGGGAGGAUUAAGGAGGCAGAGAAACUGUUUGAUGAAAUUCCUGAGAGAAAUGUGGUCUUUUGGUCUAUUGUGAUUCACGGCUAUGCCAUAAAUGGGUGUGGCAGAAAGUCCGUGGAAUUGUUCUCCCAAAUGCGAAUAUCGGGUUGGGCACCAAAUUCGUUCACUAUUGUUGGUGCUCUUGUUGGCAUUCAGGGCUUGCAAGACUGGGUGUUGGGGCAGUCUGUUCAUGGACUGGUUGUUAAAUAUGGGUUGGAGUCUGACUCCAUUGUGGGAACUGCAGUGCUUGAUACUUAUGCCAAGUGUGGAAACAUGACUGAUUCGUAUAAAUUAUUUAAGGGGCUGAAGAACCCGAGUUUGGCUUCUUGUAAUGCUAUGAUUGCAGGAUUUAUAAACAGUAAUCUCUUUGACGAGGCAGUCAUGCUGUUUAAGGAGCUGAGGAAGUAUGGUUUGGCUCCAAAUAUUGUAACAGUGUUGACCAUAACACGAGGUUGUGUUGCUUUAGACUCAAGAACUCUAUGUGAAGUGAUCCAUGGUUUAAUCAUUAAAUUGGGUCUUGAUUCGCAUAUACUUGUCAAUAAUUCAGUGCUUGACAUGUACUCAUGUUUAUUGGAUUUGGAUAGUGGUACAAAAAUUUUUGAGGCCAUGGAACAUAAAGAUGUAAUCAGCUGGACAACAAUGACGGGUUUAUUGGUCAACCUUGAAUGUGCUGCCGAUGCUGUAAAGGUUUUCUUCAAAAUGAGGCACAGCGGAGUAGGUUAUGACGCCAUAGUUAUCAUGAAUCUAACUACUGCUUGUGGACUACUAGGAGCUCUAGGAAAAGGUAAACAAGUCCAUGCUCAAGCUGCUGUUUCUGGAUUUUUAUCAGAGCUUCCUGUUGUAAACUCAUUGAUAGCAAUGUAUGCUAAAUGUGGUGAGUUAGAUUCUUCAAGAAGUGUAUUUGAUCAAUCAACUCAAAAGAGUUUAGUAUCAUGGACAGCAAUGAUUUCUGGAUAUGUGCAAAAUGGUUUGCCUGUUGAGGCUCUGAAUCUCUUGAAUAAGGUCAGGCAGGAAGAAAACCUUGAUCUUGAUUCAAUUAUGCUAAUCAGUACUUUAACAGCUUCUGGUGAGCUUGCUGCUUUUGAGCUCUGCCAGCAGCUCCAUUGUUAUGCUUUUGAGGCUGGUUUCUCCAAUUAUAGAUCAGUUCAAAAUAGUCUCAUAUCAACAUAUUCGAAGUGUGGAAGUAUGGAUCUUGCUUACAAUGUCUUCAAUGAGAUGGGUCUUGGUAAAGAUAUGGUCUCUUGGAAUGCAAUUAUAAAUGGCUAUGGGAUCAAUGGCUGUGGAGAAACUGCGCUUGCUCUCUACCACGAAAUAAAGAGAUGUAAGGAAAAAGUUGACAGUGCCACCUACUUGUGCAUACUGAAUGCAUGUAGUCAUGCGGGAUUGGUGGAAGAUGGUCUGAUGAUUUUCAAGGAGAUGGUUGAAGAUGAUAACUUAAGGCCAGAUCAUGAGCAUUAUGGUUGUUUUGUUGACUUGAUUGCACGAGCAGGCUUCUUGUCUGAGGCAAAUAGUGGGUCUGUGUGCACUCUUUUGGAAGGGAUGGGUCCCUAUGCAUGGAGGGCUUUGUUUAAUGGCUGUAUGCUUCAUAGUAAUGUAGAGCUUGCUGAAUUUGCAGCAAGAAAGAUAUUUGAGCGGGACCCAGGAGAGUCAGGUCAAGUUGUGCUCCUUUCAAAUGUUUAUGCAUCAGCUGGAAGGUUUCAGGAAGCAGAAGCAUUGAGGUCAAGUAUGUUGAGGAAAGGAGUGAUGAAGAAUCCAGGAUAUAGCUUGCUCUGUAGGAAUCCAUAUGACUCUAGAUGAAGCCAUCAGACUAAUGCAGGCAUCUAUGAACUAUUAUUGAGUUUAGAAUCUCUUCUAAUGAAAAUUUUUUGAAUUCUGAAUGAGAUUAUUCCAUGUGUGGUGAAGAAUAUUGUGUGAAAAUCUGCAAAGUCUAUGAUCUUAAUGAAAAAGAACCUGACAC